UGCAACCAUUCUUACCCUCCUUUUCUGAGUUGUUUGUAUGUGAUCUUGAAAACACACCAAAAUGUUCCCUACUAUUAGAUAGAAUAAUAGCAGUUUUGGAGACUACUAUUUUCUUUGAUUUGUAUUCACUUUUCUACAAAGAAUAUGAAUUACUUAAGUAAUCAAAAAGCUAUUAUUUAUUAUAUACACACGCAUAUGUAUAUAACAUUUGUUGUUCCGUCCUGACAGUAAAUGUCUUUUUUAAUUUUCUAGGUGCACCAGAGGCUUUCUUCCUGGCAGAAUUUGGGAGUUGUUUAUUGCAGUACUGUUGUGCCCUCUGAUGAUGUGACAGUGGUUUAUCAAAACGGGUUACCUGUGAUAUCUGUGAGGCUACCAUCCAGGCGUGAACGCUGCCAGUUCACACUUAAACCUGUCUCAGACUCCGUUGGUGUGUUUUUACGACAACUGCAAGAAGAGGAUCGGGGAAUUGACAGAGUUGCAAUCUAUUCACCAGAUGGCAUUCGAGUUGCUGCCUCAACAGGAAUAGACCUCCUCCUCCUUGAUGACUUUAAGCUGGUCAUUAAUGACUUAACAUACCAUGUGCGACCACCAAAGAGAGACCUCUUAAGCCAUGAAAAUGCAGCAACGCUGAACGAUGUAAAGACGCUGGUCCAGCAGCUGUAUACCACACUGUGCAUUGAGCAGCACCAGUUAAACAAGGAAAGAGAGCUUAUCGAACGAUUAGAGGAUCUCAAAGAGCAACUGGCUCCCCUGGAAAAGGUACGAAUUGAGAUUAGCAGAAAAGCUGAGAAGAGGACCACUUUGGUGCUAUGGGGUGGACUUGCCUACAUGGCCACACAGUUUGGCAUUUUGGCCAGGCUCACCUGGUGGGAAUAUUCCUGGGACAUCAUGGAGCCAGUCACCUACUUCAUCACUUAUGGAAGUGCCAUGGCGAUGUAUGCAUAUUUUGUAAUGACACGCCAGGAAUAUGUUUAUCCAGAAGCCAGAGACAGACAAUACUUACUAUUUUUCCAUAAAGGAGCCAAAAAGUCUCGUUUUGACCUAGAGAAAUACAAUCAACUCAAGGAUGCAAUUGCUCAGGCAGAAAUGGACCUUAAGAGACUGAGAGACCCAUUACAAGUACAUCUGCCCCUCCGACAAAUUGGUGAAAAAGAUUGAUCUGCAAAGAGCCCUGGAAUCCCGGCAGAAAGAACACCUGUUUAUAAUUCUUGCCUUUGUAAUUAAAGCAUUGCAGGUGGAAGCUGGGAGCUAUGUGGGGGUGGAGGGUUUUUACCUUUAAUUAAAAAACAAAAAGAAAAGGAACUUAGGGGAAAAAGGAAUGCUAAAAUCUGAGGAUCAGGCAUUGUGGGAUGUCAGUCUCAAAGGGCUUAGUGAAUAUUGUCUCAGUCAAGCAUCGCAGUUUCUGGAUGACAAUGAUUCAGUUCCAUAGUUGAGAGAUUCAUAAGGAGACAGCGACGCUGGGGUGUUUGUUUCUUGCAUCUUCUUUGCAGGGUCAGCAAAACAGUAACACACCAGCACCCCACUCAGCUCUGAUUUUUUUUAAUUUAACUUUUCUUAUUAUUGACACAGAACUAAAUAAAUAUACCAGAAAAGCAAAUCCUCAGGAUACGUGGGUGGCCGACAGAGUCUGAGCCCGUAUCAUUAACAGUGAUUUUAGAUUGGACCCAGUCUCUGCAGAGUUACCGGGAAUUUCUCCUCCUGCACCCCUUGGCUGACCAGCUACGCCUGUUGAUUACACUAAUUUUAUCCAUAUGAUAAUUGGAACCAAUUUCUGACUGAUGAUUGACACUUUGGAUUAUCCCUUAACACCUUCUUAAAUGUCUGCAUAUCCCAGUGCUCUGGGUCAGUAUCUAGAAAUCAUUGGCAAUGCUGCAUGAGGUUGUUUUGUUUCGUUUCGUUUUUUACUAAUUAGUGUCUUAAGAGGAGGAAGAACUUCCCUCCUUUAUUUACCUACCCCGUGGAAAUCCCCCUAGCCCUCCAUAACUCUCACAUCAGAGGGGGAAUGUUCAGCUGUAAUUACCAAAUCAAGACCAUGUAAGGUUUACAGAUUGGCUAAAAUCAUGGCUCUGUAGCCAUUUCAAAACCAGAAUAAUUUCAUUGCUGUUAAUCUGCUUGUGUGGUGGCAUUCCAGGCCACCCAGAUGGCACUGCUUUGUCUGGAGGCUUCAUUAAUCCCAAAGGACGCAUACUUUCACCUCGUUUGUGAGCCCUUCCACCUCCACCACUUCUGUAGUUUUAAAUCAAGUAUGUGGAUCUCAAAGGGUGCAGUUUAUCUUUAUACAGGAAUACGUUUCUAUGUCUUCCUUCAGCCUUACCCUUUCCACCCUAUUUUUUCUUAUCUUAAAUUGAGAGAAAGAAGAAUUACUCUUACACUCUUUCAAAAUGUUUUAUACCAUAUUUCCAGAUGACAUCUGCAUCUGAAGAGUCAAAGGGGUCUGUGUCUGAUAUCCUGUUUGUAACUGCAGUGGGGCAGGAUGGAAAGGGUGAUGGGGCUUGCCACACAGGUGAUUGAUUGGCUUUUUUCUUUCACAUGAUUCAUCCCUCCUUGUGGCAAGGGUUUGCUUUCUCUUUGUCUUCCUCCUUUGGGAUUAUUGUGUAUGAAAAGAAAAACUUUAAAUGACAAACCCAGACUCCAGGUGCCUUGCGGAGGUUGAAGGCCAGCCAGGAUUGCUGCUGCUCCUGCCACUGCCCCUCCCUCUGGCAUGAUGGAAUGAAAGGAUGCAUGGCUCCACUUCCACAUCUCCCACUUCCUUCCUCCACCCACCCCCUAUCAGCAGCCCCUUCCCUCUUUUUUUUUUUUUUAAGUUGUGUGAAUUAUUUUUAAACCAUUUAUCCUGUUUGUGCAGAGUUUUUAAGAAGAAACAACACAAUGCAGUGAGCAAAUCCUUUCAGGGUGUGUGGGAGGCAAGGGAGGGAGGAUGUGGAGAAAAGUCCUUUAAACAAAUAGCAAAAUACUGAACAUGUGUAAAAUCCUGUAUCAUUUAUGAAAUAUGUAUAAAAAGAAAUGUACCUUCUGGAACAAUAAAUACUCAAUUUUUGAA